AAAACUAAAUUUAAAUAUCUCUGGAUAUGGCUUCGUGAACUAGAAAUCCCCUUGGUGUGGAUGGUACUAGCAUUGAAACACAAAACAGUCGGAUCCUGUUAUCAAUAUUCAGGUGUAUUGAUUUUAUUCUUCGUUGUUGGAUUAGCGAUCGCUUCCAUCAAAGAGCCUAUAGGCUAGCAGUUGAAUAGGACUGAAUUCAGCCAUGUCCUACAGGAAGCGGGGGGACUAUGAGGACUCGUUCUACUCAGAGCAGUCCGCCAACCGCCCCACUCUGGCCUACGACAACUAUGCUGUGUACGACGCUUCCUUUAUCCCGGCUCACAGUCUCCGAAACAAGCUAUCACAUUUCGGCAGUUCACAAUCUUCCUACCGACUCAAAGGAAGUGAUAGCGGGAGUUACAGAUCCCUCCACAGACGACCAGGCUGUAAGAGAUGUCUUACCAUCACUGUUGUCAUCAUGUGUAUGGCAGUUAUAGGGGCAGUUAUAGGCGUGGCCGUCUAUUUCUCAGACCAAAAUCCAGUAAUGAAAACAACGACCCCUCUACCCACCUCGACCACGCCCACAGUUCCAGUAGUGUUUUCUGGUACUUUAAAAUUGGCAAAAACCUUUUCACCCGAGCUAGCUGACCCGAAUUCCUCAGAAUAUCAAGCUUUGGCUAGCGCAAUAGAACAAGAGCUGGAUAGCUCAUUUAGAAGCAGUGAAUUGGGAUCUACCUAUAGCAAUAGCAGAGUGGCCAAAUUUGCGAGCGGUAGUAUUGUGGUCCAGUUCCGAUCCUACUUCAACCACUCGACUGUCCUUUUGACGGACAGCAAUGGAAACAGACAACCCACACAGAUCAGUAUUGCCAUCUUUACUGAUGUCAUUGUGAAUGAGGUCAGAAACAAAAAGACGACAGCUCCUAACAGUAACCUGGCCAAGGUAGAGGAAAACUCUUUGUCGGUUGCAGAAGGCACAGAUAUGCCCACAACAACAAUAGCAGUAACAACAACAACAGUUCCAACAACAACGACAACAUCGACAGUGCAAACAACUACAACAUUAAAGACGACCGAUCAGGAAACAACACAAGUAUCAACAACCACUACAGCAGUACAAACAACACAAGCUGAUACAACUACAACAGCUCCACAGACAUCAACAGCAGCAACAGAGAAAGCCCCAACAACUACUAUAGUAUCUGAAACAACAGCAACAGAGAAAGCCCCAGCAUCAAGUACAACAACACAGAACACUGCAACAUCAGACUCCACUACCGGGCAGUCAGCAACAGGCACAGAGCCGUCCAAAAUAGCCUCCACUCUAAUGACAACUAUACCGACAACAACAACAACAACGACGGUGUAUACAACAACCACACAGCUACAGACAACAACGGAGGCUCCAGCUCCCCCUGUGUUUGUUGGUGAGGUGAAACUAAACCAAACCUGGGACGAUAAUCUGAAUGACACGUCCUCUCCGGAAUACCAAAAUCUAGCCACCGAUAUAGAAGCAGAGCUUGAUGCCACGUUUAAAAACAGCAGUCUGGGAGACAAUUAUAACUAUAGUAAAGUAACUGGGUUUAAGCCAGGAAGCAUUGAAGUGGACUAUAUUUCUUUCUUCAUCGAAGCAACUGUCACUAUUGCUGACAACAAUGGCAACACCACCACCAAGAUCUCUAUGAAUGCGUCCGUGGUGGUACAGGUGUUCAGAGAACAGGUCCAAAAAAGGCAAGAGGAACCUGACGAAGGCGGAUCUAAACGCAGUAUAUUUUCAUCAAUUAUCAAGGAAUCUAUCAAAGUGAUCCAGCUUCCCCCUCCUACAAGGCCUCCAACAGUAGCACCAACUCGUCCCCUGACAACUGUUCCUCCAGUUCAUCCUUGUGAUAACAACACAUAUAUGGAAACUGUUGGAUCAGUAUGUGCUAUUCCUAUGAUGAAAAGAUUCACUGAUGCCAAGGAUCUACCAGAAUUCUGCCUAAUUACAACGGAAUUGAUAGAGUGUGUUAAUCAGAAAGUAUCCACAGACAAAGGGACCAGGUGCUCUGAGAGUCAGGCGGAUGGGGUUAUUCGAUACUUUGGACCUGGUCUCAAACAAACCCUAUCACUGGCCUUUGACCCAACGCAGUGUUUGGAAUUAGGACGGAAUGCAUCAACCAUUUCACCGUAUAUGACGACCGUUCCUCCUUCUCCUGUAAAAAGAGUAGCCUUCACAAUAAAGACGUCGGGAUUCACGUGGGAUGAUUCGUUACUGAAUCCGAAAUCAACCUACUUUCAAUCUUUGAAUAUUACGAUCGUUAGUAAUUUCACGAAAGCUUUUGGUGACGUCCCAGGAUUUUUACAGUUGACUGUAACCUCUUUUAUGAAAGGAAGCAUAUAUGCUGAUAUGACAUUUACUUAUGAUAGCUCUAAGUUAUCUGGUAGUGAUUCUAUGCAGGCAGUUAGCAUGGCCGUGCAAAAUGGGACAGUAUACCAACUCCAAGUUGAUAAAUAUUUCCUGUACAGAGGAGAACCUAAGGAUGGUGAAUGUCCACUCGUAAGAAAUACCACAGCAGGAACCUGUCCCGAGGAAUGUCUAAUGGACAGUAACUGUACAGGGUCUGCAAAAUGCUGCUUUAAUGGGUGUGGUCAUACCUGCCAACAUCCAGAUUUGGGCGUCCAUCCCUGUGAGGAUUUUAAUUAUCUAGAGAAGACAGGGGCGCAGUGUUCAAUACAUCACGUGCAAAAUUUAACGUCUUCUCCUGAUAUCCAGACGUUCUGUCGUGAUAUGAAAGAAUUCUUAGAAUGUUUGAUGGAUAUCAUUUUCAAAGAGAAAAGAGUCCGAUGUUCUGACGAUCAAAUUGCUACAGCUAUGACGAGAUUCGGACUUACAAUGAAAACAACUGACUGCUAUAAAGAUUUGACCACCACUCGCCCAUGGGUCACCACUCUUCCUCCAACAGUUGUAAAAAGAGUAGCCUUCACAAUAAAGACGUCUGGAUUCACGUGGGAUGAUUCGUUACUGAAUCCGAAAUCAACCUACUUUCAAUCUUUGAAUAUCACGAUCGUUAGUAAUUUCACGAAAGCUUUUGGUGACGUUCCAGGAUUUUUACAUCUGACGGUAACCUCUUUAAGGAAAGGAAGCAUAUAUGUUGAUAUGACAUUUACAUAUGAUAGCUCUAAGUUAUCUGGAAGUGAUGCUAUGCAUGCGGUUCACAUGGCAGUGCAGAACGGGGCAGUACACCUACUUCAAGUUGAUGACUACUUUCUGUACAGAGGAGAACCUAAGGAUGGUGAAUGUCCACUCGUAAGAAAUACCACAGCAGGGACCUGUCCGGAGGAAUGUCAAAUGGACAGUAACUGUACAGGGUCUGCAAAAUGCUGCUUUAAUGGGUGUGGUCAUACCUGCCAACAACCAGAUUUGGUCGUCCAUCCCUGUGAGGAUUUCGAUUAUCUAGGGAAGAUAGGGGAGUCGUGUUCAGUGUAUUACAAGCAAAAUUUAACGUCUGCUCCUGAUAUUCAGAUGUUCUGUCGUGUAAUGAAAGAAUUCUCGGAAUGUUCGAUGGAUAUCAUUUUGAAAGAGAAAAGAGUCCGAUGUUCUGACGAUCAAAUUGCUACAGCCAUGAUGAGAUUCGGACCUACAAUGAAAACAACAUUGAAUCUUCGUUUUGACCCUGCUGACUGCUAUAAAGAUUUGACCACCACUCGCCCAUGGGUCACCACUCUUCCUCCAACAGUUGAUGGUGUUGUGACCUUCAGUUUGAAGUUUCUCAACAUGGAUUGGAGAAUGGAGCUGUUGAAUGAUACUUCGGAUUAUUUUACGAUGAUGGAAAGAUCGAUAAUGGGCAACGUGACAGCGCACUUUGGAAACGUUAGCGGUGUUAGUCAAAUGAAGAUACUCGGAUUCAGAAAUGGCAGCAUCAUCGUAGAUUUUUGGAUCAGAGUUACUUGGCCUCUCACUUCUGGCGGUUUGAUAGAGAAGAUCAAAGAAAUGCUUGGCCAAGGUGGUCGGAUACACCAGAUGCAGGUGGAUCCAGGAUACUUUCCACAUGAUACUGUGGUAAAGGAUGGAUUUUGUCCUCGUGUUUAUUCUGUUGCUGCUGGAAGCUGCAAUGUUGAAGAAUGCAUUGGUGAUAGUCAUUGUAAGGACCACCACAAGUGCUGCUCGAAUGGCUGUGUGAGGACUUGUGUAGACUGGAGAGAGUACAGCACUUGCAAGAAUGUGACUUUCGUCAAAGAAACAAUUACUAGGGAUUGUGUAGGUGCAUUCAAUGCUUUCAUGAAUGGACUCUAUGAGGAUGAUUGCAGCAUGUACCGGGACGUAAUCUUGUGUACGACAGCAAACCUGCAAGUGAAACAAUUUUCCUGCACCAUGGAAGGCAUUGCCAAUCUGGUCGGGAGGAACAUACGCGCUAUCUUUGGUGAUUCGAAGAACCACUUUGAUGGUUUAAGCUGCUUUGAUGGAGUAACGAAUGUGCCAAAAUAUGAUGUUAGGAACUUUUGCCGUGAAGUAGAAUUAUAUAAGUACCAUGCUAAGUACAGUUGUGCAGUGAAUUUGACAGAGCACCGAAACUCCAGUAAGGAAUUAUGCAGUUUGUAUCACUAUAAAGUGAUUUGUGCUGACGCAAAUAAUAAAGACUUGAAGAUGUUCGGGAAUUGUAAUUUCGGGGAUACAAAGGCCAUAAUCGGAAGUAACCGGAGCGUCAUAUUACCUGAACUGGACUCCUUGAUAAACGAUACAGCAUGUGCAGCCCAAUCGCCGUGCCAGACCUACCUAUACAGUGACCCAUCUAUCGCAUCUCGAUGCCUCGUGUCCUAUUUAGGUUAUGCAAUGCAAAACCCACAGUCACGGUGUCUUGCGUUGGAAGCUGUCCAUGACUGUCUUGUUUCUGAAUCUCUGCGGAAGAAUAUAAUUUGUUCAGCUGAUGACGUCAGUGAUUCUUCCCGCUUAUAUUUGAGUUUCUGGAGUCAGUCAUAUGCCAAUACAAUGAAUACCACAAGAUUGCGAAAAGACGAACUUGCCACGUGUACUACAACAAAACAACUUACGGAUCCUGAUUUAGUCAACACCACCUGUCAAAAACCAAAUAUGCUUGUGUUAUUGGCAACUCCAUGUUUGGAGUACCUGAAGAGAACUUCCAACCUCUGCACAUCUUUCCAUUUGGCGUCAAUGCACUGUAUGGAAAAUGCCGUUGAAGAAGUAUUAAACAAAACCUGUACCAAACAGCAUUUUAUUAAUGCAUUAAGAAUGAAGAAUGAUACAGUGACUAGCAUAGUUGGGGCAGAUAUAUCAAAAUGCUUAGAUACUGAACCUAGCAAUGAAACAUGUUUUUCUUUUGAAACAUUUGAAAGACCCGAAUAUCAGAAGUGUUUCGAAGCUUAUUACGCGCUCACUUAUUAUGCCAACACUACAUCAAAAGAAGAAAAAUGCAGAUUAUACGAGCAUUCUCUAGGUUGUGUUGAAAAGAGUAUACCAUAUUGCGAUGCACAGGAAGUCCACAACUUAAUAAACGCUUAUGUAGAAAUUGCUGGAGAGAAGGGUAGCAGUUUUGAUCAACAAUGCCCAGAUCCAGGACCAUCUCGAUCGUUCUGUGACGAUGAAGAGGCUCACCUUUUAUACAUAUACGGUAGAUGUUCCCACUACUUGGCUAUAACUCAGCGUUCCUGCAUUUAUGCGCCUUAUUUUAUGGAAUGUGCAUACAAUCACACUCGAGCACUGUACUUCAGAUGCCCGAAAACGUCUGUGAUAACAACUAUUUUAAAUGCAACUGCGUUUUAUGAAAGGAGGUACCCAGGGUAUGGAAGGAAAAUCUCAACUUGUCUAUCGCAGACCAUAGAAACAAACUGCACCUUGGGAUUGCACCUCCUUAGUCAACAAAAAGUCCAAGAAUGCCUGGGAAUUUACUACCUAUUAUCAUUGUCAAAUGGUUCCAUUCCACUGUCAGAGGGAAGACAAUGCUACAUUUAUCAAUCAGUUGUACAUUGUGUGAAAAAUAACUUGCCCCAGUGUACAUUACAAGACUACGACAGUGUUUUGAGACCCGUGCUUGUUGAACUCUACAAUCAGACCAUUCCCCGAACUUGUCAAGUCAGUCCAGUGCUACGCCCAGGCUGUACGGUAGAAAGUGUCAUUAUAGACAAUGCAAAUAUACACUGUAAAACUGCACUCGGGUAUCUUCAACCUUCAUGCAGUUCAGCCAGUGUUGGCAGGUAUUUGCAAUGCAUUAUGGGUGCAAUGUGGGGAUCCAGUUAUUACUGUACAGAAGAACAAGUCCGAUCUGUUAUGGCCAAUGCAACGUCCUAUUUCGAAAAGGUUUAUCCAGGAGAGGGACAGAAUGUAUCCACGUGCAUCGAAAAGUAUCAAGUCCUUACGACUAUCAGUCCACCCUCAGUGCUAGUAAAAAGAGUAGCCUUCACAAUAAAGACGUCUGGAUUCACAUGGGAUGAUUCGUUACUGAAUUCGAGAUCAACAUACUUUCAAUAUUUGAAUAAUACGAUUGUUGGUAAUUUCACGAAAGCUUUUGGUGACGUCCCAGGAUUUUUACAGUUGACUGUAACCUCUUUUAUGAAAGGAAGCAUAUAUGCUGAUAUGACAUUUACUUAUGAUAGCUCUAAGUUAUCUGGUAGUGAUUCUAUGCAGGCAGUUAGCAUGGCCGUGCAAAAUGGGACAGUAUACCAACUCCAAGUUGAUAAAUAUUUCCUGUACAGAGGAGAACCUAAGGAUGGUGAAUGUCCACUCGUAAGAAAUACCACAGCAGGGACCUGUCCCGAGGAAUGUCAAAUGGACAGUAACUGUACAGGGUCUGCAAAAUGCUGCUUUAAUGGGUGUGGUCAUACCUGCCAACAUCCAGAUUUGGGCGUCCAUCCCUGUGAGGAUUUUGAUUAUCUAGAGAAGACAGGGGCGCAGUGUUCAAUACAUCACGUGCAAAAUUUAACGUCUUCUCCUGAUAUCCAGACGUUCUGUCGUGAUAUGAAAGAAUUCUUAGAAUGUUUGAUGGAUAUCAUUUUCAAAGAGAAAAGAGUCCGAUGUUCUGACGAUCAAAUUGCUACAGCUAUGACGAGAUUCGGACUUACAAUGAAAACAACUGACUGCUAUAAAGAUUUGACCACCACUCGCCCAUGGGUCACCACUCUUCCUCCAGCAGUUGUAAAAAGAGUAGCCUUCACAAUAAAGACGUCGGGAUUCACGUGGGAUGAUUCGUUACUGAAUCCGAAAUCAACCUACUUUCAAUCUUUGAAUAUCACGAUCGUUAGUAAUUUCACGAAAGCUUUUGGUGACGUUCCAGGAUUUUUACAUCUGACGGUAACCUCUUUAAGGAAAGGAAGCAUAUAUGCUGACUUAACAUUUACAUAUGAUAGCUCCAAAUUAUCUGGAAGUGAUGCUAUGCAUGCGGUUUAUAUGGCCGUGCAAAAUGGGACAGUACACCAACUUCAAGUUAAUAAUUAUUUCCUAUACAGAGGAGAACCUAAGGAUGGUGAAUGUCCACUCGUAAGAAAUACCACAGCAGGGACCUGUCCCGAGGAAUGUCAAAUGGACAGUAACUGUACAGGGUCUGCGAAAUGCUGCUUUAAUGGGUGUGGUCAUACCUGCCAACAACUAGCUGUCAACUGUGAAGACCUUAGAUACAUGGACAAGAUCGGCAGUGGGUGUGUUGAACCUUUGUUCGGUAGAUUUAAGAAUGCCACGGAUCUUCAGGAAUUUUGUCAUACAUCGACGGAUAUGAUCGACUGUAUCAAUCGAGAAGUGUUCGAAGACAUUGGCAAAAUUUGCUCUGAUGCUCAGAUAGAAAUGGCUAUCCGACAUUUUGGUCCUGGUAUGGAGAAAGAUUAUGAGUUGAGAUUCAGCCUAACACAAUGUUUGGAAAUGGGAUCAAAUAGAACAACAACGUAUCCGUACUUGACGAGCGUCAGUCCUCCAACGACAUUCGUAAAAAGAAUAUCCUUCACAAUUAAGAUGUCUGGAUUCACGUGGGAAGAUUCGUUAUUAAAUUCAAGAUCAACGUAUUUUCAAUAUUUGAAUAGCACGAUCGUUAGUAAUUUCACGAAAGCUUUUGGUGACGCCCCAGGAUUUUUACAGUUGACUGUAACCUCUUUUACGAAAGGAAGCAUAUAUGCUGACUUAACAUUUACAUAUGAUAGCUCCAAAUUAUCUGGAAGUGAUGCUAUGCAUGCGGUUUAUAUGGCCGUGCAAAAUGGGACAGUACACCAACUUCAAGUUAAUAAUUAUUUCCUAUACAGAGGAGAACCUAAGGAUGGUGAAUGUCCACUCGUAAGAAAUACCACAGCAGGGACCUGUCCCGAGGAAUGUCAAAUGGACAGUAACUGUACAGGGUCUGCGAAAUGCUGCUUUAAUGGGUGUGGUCAUACCUGCCAACAACUAGCUGUCAACUGUGAAGACCUUAGAUACAUGGACAAGAUCGGCAGUGGGUGUGUUGAACCUUUGUUCGGUAGAUUUAAGAAUGCCACGGAUCUUCAGGAAUUUUGUCAUACAUCGACGGAUAUGAUCGACUGUAUCAAUCGAGAAGUGUUCGAAGACAUUGGCAAAAUUUGCUCUGAUGCUCAGAUAGAAAUGGCUAUCCGACAUUUUGGUCCUGGUAUGGAGAAAGAUUAUGAGUUGAGAUUCAGCCUAACACAAUGUUUGGAAAUGGGAUCAAAUAGAACAACAACGUAUCCGUACUUGACGAGCGUCAGUCCUCCAACGACAUUCGUAAAAAGAAUAUCCUUCACAAUUAAGAUGUCUGGAUUCACGUGGGAAGAUUCGUUAUUAAAUUCAAGAUCAGCGUAUUUUCAAUAUUUGAAUAGCACGAUCGUUAGUAAUUUCACGAAAGCUUUUGGUGAUGUCCCAGGAUUUUUAUAUCUGACUGUAACUUCACUAAGGAAUGGAAGCAUAUAUGCUGACUUGACAUUUACAUAUGAUAGCUCCAAGUUAUCUGGAAGUGAUGCUAUGCAUGCUGUUUAUAUGGCUGUGCAAAACGGAACAAUAUAUCAACUUCAAGUUGAGAAAUAUUUCCUGUACAGAGGAGAAAUUAAAGAUGGCGAAUGUCCUCGCGUGGAAAAUAGUACUGUAGGAAUCUGUGUUAAGGAAUGUCAAAUGGACAAUAAUUGUACAGGAUCUACAAAAUGCUGUUUUAAUGGAUGUGGUCACACCUGCCAGCAACCACAGCAACCAGGUUUGGUCGUCCAUCCAUGUGAAGAUUACGAUUAUUUACAGAAGACGGGGGAGCAGUGUUCACAUUUUUACGCACAGAACUUAACGUCUGCCUCUGAUAUUCAAACGUUCUGUCGCAUAAUGAAAAAAUUCUCAGAAUGUUCGAUGGACAUCGUUUUAAAAGAGAAAAGAGUCCGAUGUUCUGACGAUCAAAUUGCUACAGCUAUGACGAGAUUCGGACUUACAAUGAAAGCAACAAUGAAUCUUCGUUUUGACCCUGCUGACUGUUAUCCAAAUUCAGACACUACCAAGAGUGCAGCUUUUACUAUACGACUUGCCUUUUUGAAUUGGAGUGAAUCGCUGUCUGAUCCACGGUCAGAUUAUUUCCAGAUGAUGAAUCGAACCAUCAUAUCAAACUUCACUGCAGCUUUCGGACACCAUCCAGGCUAUCUUGGAUUAAUUCUUACUAGAUUUCGAAAAGGAAGUGUGUAUGUUGAUCUAGAAUUCAAAUAUGACAGUUCCAAGCUACAAAUAAGUGAUGCAAUGGCUGCAGUUCAGAACGCCACAACGAUGGGCAUGAUCCAUUCUCUUCCUGUGGACAAAUACUUCAUGUUUAGAGGAGAACUUAAGGAGGGAACUUGUCCAAUUCCACAAAGUAACUCCACAGGUAUAUGUAUUGAAGAAUGUCAGAUGGACGCCAAUUGCACGGAGGCGCGUAAAUGUUGCUUUAACGGAUGUGGUCACAGCUGUCAAAACACAGAGGAGCGCAAACGCAGUUCCUGUGAAGAUCUGGAGUUCAUUCAAACGGUAGGAGAAAGGUGUUCACCUAUGUAUCAUACCAACUUGACCACAGCUGGAGACAUUCGUUUCUUCUGUAGCGUGAUGGACGAGUUCACUAAAUGUACAUUGGAUAUGAUUACCAAAGGAACGGGAGUUCAAUGUACUUCUGAUCAAAUUUCAACAGCUAUCGAAAAACUGGGGCCCAGAAUGAAAACGGACAUGAAUCUGACAUUCAACCCCACUGACUGCUAUAAGGAUUCGGAUAAAUCUGCAGUUAAAAGUGCAGUCUUCAGUAUACGACUGGUGUUUUUCAAUUGGAGUGAAGCUUUGUCCGACCCACGGUCAACAUAUUUCCAGGAGAUGAAUCAAACCAUCGUAUCAAAUUUUACAGCAGCUUUCAAAGAACACCCAGGUUUCCUUGGAUUGAGUGUUACCAGGUUCAGAAAAGGAAGUGUGUAUGUUGAUCUAGAAUUCAAAUAUGACAGUUCCAAGCUACAUAUAAGGGAUGCAAUGGCUGCAGUUCAGAACGCCACAACGAUGGGCAUGAUCCAUUCUCUUCCUGUGGACAACUACUUCAUGUUCAGAGGAGAACUUAAAGAUGGAACAUGUCCUGCUCCACCACGUAACAACACUGGUGUUUGUGAAGAGAAGUGCCAGAUGGACGUCAAUUGCACAGGAACACAGAGAUGCUGCUUCAAUGGAUGUGGUCACAUUUGUCAAGAUAUAGUGGAUACCAAGGCGAAUCCAUGUGAUGACAUGACGUACCUGGAAAAGGCGGGAGAAGAAUGUCUGAGAGUGCAUCAGUCUAAUCUUACCACAGCUUCAGACGUUCAUGCAUUCUGCAGCACAAUGCGGGAUUUUACAAAGUGUUCAGUUGAUUCCAUUGCUAAGGCAACUGGAAUCCGAUGCAGUACAGAUCAAAUUGCUACAGCUGUGAAAAUAUUAGGUCCACGACUGAAAGCAGAUCUCAAUCUUACCUAUAUCCCUGAAGACUGUUUUAAAGAAUUAUAUACAACAACAGCUUCAGCAAGAACAACCACCAGCAUUCCUUAACAGAAAAGAAAGGUCCUCCUAUUGACAUGAACCAACAGACCUGCUGAAUUUGACCAAAUCAGUGAUUGUCAUUUUCUUAAUUAAAACAUUAUCUAACUUUUUUGGAACUUUAAGUUAUAUAUUUUAUUCUAAAUAUGUAUUAUAUUCUAAAUAUUAUACUUUCAUUUUCACCACAUUGCUAAAAGUGUCCAUGAUUAGCUUUAAUCUAAUGAGAUUGUCUAAAAUUGUAUUGGUGUGAAACGAACAGUUGAUAUGACAUGCUGUAGAUAACAUUAAAUGAAGGAUUAGAACAAAGCUAGCUGCAAUAAUGUAGCCCUCUCUGAUUUUUUUUUUUUUUUUUUUUUUAGGGAGAGGGCUACAACUCCUUAGGAUCUCCGUAAUGGUGCAAAUGCGGGAGUGAUUCACUCCCGCAACAUUUGCGCUCAUUCUAAACAUUUCCUGACUUUCUUUACGUAAAUAAAAUGAUAUUCUAUGUUUCUUAGUCAAUAUAUAAAUUUACAACCUACAACUUUAGAUUUGUGAGGCUCUAUUCUACCGUUUUCAACAAUUUCGAUAAAUCCCAGUUUCUCGAUUCAUAUUUGUGCGCCAUGUUUGAUGUACUGAAGUUUCAACUUCCGGUUGUCAAGUCAUUUGCAUAUGCCAUAUAAGGUGGUAUUUACAUCAAUGGACAAGUAUGGAGGCGAAAGCUAUUUCGUCGGUAUUGAGAAGGUUUGAAUUUAAUAUCAAGUUAAAAACCGAACAGCAGAGUGUAAAUUCUUUCUGCAACAAUAUGAUUUUCCUUCCUUUGUCGAAGUGGCUCGAAUAACUACAUUUUCGCGCUGAUUGUCAAUGUUUAGGCUUUUCAUUAGAUCCACCUACGAGAUCUCGCGAUAACAAGCAUGGCGGAGCAGACGAAGAAUUUUGCAUGCUGUACAUUAUAUUUAAUGAAAAACACCUUUAUUAGACAUGCCCGAGCACAAAGUUGGUACUCCUUUUGGUGUAAACAACAUUUGGGACUAAUACACAGAGUUUAUUAUCGGUUAUUCAUAAAAUUAUUUUGCACCAUUACGGAGAUCCUAUGGAAUUGUAGCCCUAUCCCGAAAACGUCAGAAUAAAAAAAAAUUGGAUUGGGCUACAUUAUUGCAGCUAGAACAAAGCGACUACCUAUACAUAUAACUGUAGACUACAGUGUACCAACAUUAUAGUACUUUUCGAAAAGAAGAAAAGACAUUAUGAUGACGAAGGGGACGAUGAAUCGAAAAGAUAGAGACAGAGAUAUUCUUUUCAGGGUCAAAUUUUCACUGAGAUGCGAUUUUUGUUUAAAUGCGAAAGAAAAGGACAUUAACACAUGCAAGGUGAACAUAUAAUGACCUUGUAUUGUGUCGUCGUUUGUUUUUGCAGGCGAAAACAAACAUAUGGUAUCUAUUCAAUUAUGGAACUUAUAUAUAUAUAGAUAUGAUUAAAAUAAUUAGAACAUUAAUAUGUUAUGUAUUCACGUGUGUUAUUAUUAUAAUUAUCAUUAUUAUUAUUGUGUGUUAUUGUAAAACUAUUCCAUAUGUUAUCAUACCUCAUGUAUACACAACACCACGUCAAACGGACACUAAUUAUAUAUAUAUUCUAUUUUUACUUAUUUUUUGUACUCAUUCGUGAAUAAUGUUACGCUCUCUCUUUGUAAUAUUUAUGGAUGUCAGAUUUCUGGUGACACUUUAGAGGUCUAUGCAAAGGUUUGUGAUCUAGACACAGUUGUGAUUGAACAAUAUUUUGUAUAUUCAUCUUCUAAAAGGAUUUAUGUUUGUAUCUGGUAUUUACGUAUCACUGGGGUCCUAUUACAGCUGUGUAAUGUGUGGAAAUUUGUCUGAGCUAGCAUUAAAGACAUAUGGUGAUUUCUCCUUAUUAGUAUAUGUUCAUUCACAUCAAAUUUAAAUAUACAUGUAUAUUCUUGUACUCAUUUGCUAUUUAUGCAGUUGUUUACUUUCAUUUGUUCCAGAAUAUUGUCUAUCCAAAUAUAAUAGUUUUCAAACAUA